GUCCUCCCAAAACUUUACAGAAUAUUUGUAUACAAACAAAUAUCCCAAACAACUAAAGGCCUCUCUUCUCCGCCCUCAAACAAACAAAACGAUCACGGAAAUCAUUUAUUUCCUACCCUCAACUGCGACCUACACCACGCAAUCAUGAAUAACAAGAACAACGCAACCGACCAGGCCACUGGCGCGGCAAACUUCCUCACGAGCACGCUGGGAAACACACUCGGUGGAGUCGGACGUACACUUGGUGGCGUUACGGGUGCGGCGACUCGUGGCAUAGGCAACACGGUGACGGGCGUUACGGGCGAGGUCGGACGACCGCUCGGCGACGGCCUGGGCAACCUCGGCACAGGUGUUGAGAAUGGAUUGAACAGCGUUUCCAAGGGCGUCGAAAACGCGGGGCAGUGGAAGAAGCAGUAAAGUGUGUGGUCAAGGUUUCAAAGAAACGCAGCUGGGAGUGUAGGAUAUGUACAGUACACAAAACUUAAGAGAAUUAUAACCGAACAUCAUUUUUUUC